AUGAUAUAUUAUAGUUUUAUAUUGAUAUUACGAUUGUGUUGCAUUUCUGUGCAUUCUCUCGAUCCUGUACAUAACAAGGUCGGUGACGCAGUUUUGUCUUUCGACAGGGACGUUAUUGACCAUUCAACGGGACAUCCAUCCACAAAUUCCAUAUUUUUAGAAUCUUUAAAUAAGGGAAUCUCUUACAAUGAUAAAAUUCACGGUGGAAUAGGUGAUUUAGGCUCUGGUGUGCAUCUUCAACACACUAGUGACCCAAAUGAUGGCAAAGAUAACGAGAAACCAAAGGAUUCUAAAGAUAUAGAGGAUAAAAAUGAACAAAAGAUAAAGCCUAUCCUGAAGAAUGAUGACACUGGGCCCAUAAAGCCACCGAUUUUUAACAAUAGUCGAUGGUGUAAAGCAGACGUUUGUCUAGUAUCAGUUCCUGAAUUACUUCUCUUCAACGCAUUAUCAGUACUCUUCCUUCUAUUCCUAGUGAUAUGGCACUUGGGACUUUUGUUAAGAAACAAAGGGAAGUACGAAGGAUACACCGACUUGUCUACAGUGCGGUCAAACACACCAACAAAUGACCGCAGGACGUUGCUUCAGGAAGGAUACUCAUACACAUUGCCAGGAUGGAUACUUCUCCGGUACAUUAUUCUCUACACAGCAAUAUGCCAAGUUUUUGUUUUAUCCUUUGUUUGCAAUGAGUUGUGCAUUCCUAUGAUAGACGGAGUAAAACAUUGGGACAUGCGUGCUAAACCGUUUUUCAUAUCCUGGUUGAUUGGAUUCCUUACUCUUUUACUCUCGUUUUUGUUCAAAAACACCAAAGUUGGAAAGUAUCUGUUUCUUGCAAGGUCUCCUCUACAUAGUUGUGAGAUUGUCCUCAUUAGCGACUUCAGCAAAUCGUCGGCAUCAACGACUGUAGACCACGAUAUAUUGAGCUUGUCACUUCACUGGAUAUCUACGUUUGCAUCAUAUCUUAAGCUAAUGCUAAAUAUAUCUGACAACAUACUUAAAGUCCCAUUUGAAAAGUAUAAAGCAUCAGUUAAACACUAUUAUAUUGAUGUAAAAUCUAAUGAUACGGAAAGAUAUUUUUUCUACCACUAUGUAAAGUAUACAUACAGCCAUGAUUCCGCAUACUUUGUCGAUGCAUACUGCAAAGUUUCAAACUAUUUAAAAAACACAAACUUGAUAGACCUUCUAGAUAGAGGUGGAUUGACUGAACUAGAAUCUAUGAAGAGAACAGAAGAUGUAGGUAAAAACGUAAUUUCAGUCGAAAAGUUGCCCUUUUCUACUCUACUACAUAGAGAAAUAUCGGACCCAAUUUUCUUCAUGCAACUAUAUCUUACACUAAAGAGUAUAUAUUGGAGAAGUUGUAUAACGGCACCAAUUUGGGGUUUUACUUCAUUGUAUACUAUAUAUAAAAAGGUCAAGAUCAUUCAUGACCAACAAAAUGAUAUAGCUGAACUGGCAACAUCUUCAGCCAACCGACUUGUAACUGUUUUAAGGGAAAACGUUACCAGAGUUGUUCCUGCUACUGACUUGGCUGUUGGUGAUAUAGUUCGUGUGGAUAGUGAUUGGGAAGCUCCAAGUGACAUGAUAAUGUUGAGAGGUGAUGCUAUUGUUGAUGAAAGCUCUGUUACCGGUGAAUCCAUUCCACUUCGAAAGACAAAACUAGCUGUAGACAAGUAUAAUUAUUCCUUAUCCAUUUUUGAUCUUAACAUUGAUUUGGAUAACGAUGAUAUGGUUAACUCUAAAAGUGCCGACGAAGGCCUUAAUGAUCACCUAUUGAAAGCUGGAACUAGGGUUGUCGCAGUUUUGGGAAAUGAUGAGACAGUUGGAUCUGCUGUUGCUGUAGUUAUUGCUACAGGUGCCUUCACUACAAAGGGAAAACAGCUCAAGGGUGUAUUAUUUCCGAAUCAAUUCAGGCUAAAAUAUGAUACACAACUUCCCACUGUGUUCAUAUUAACCUUUAUUUAUGCCAUAAUCUGCUCGUAUUAUCAGAUACAAUUUCUUGGCUGGAAUAUGACUUCGAUUUUCUACAGUAUAGGAACACUUUCUCAGGUAGUUCCUGUCUGGACAAGUACUAUAAUUUCGAUUAGCCAAAGUAGAGCGUGCCAACGUCUAUCAAAAUCAGAAUCUGUAUACUGUAUAGCACCAUCAAGGAUAGCCGUUUGUGGAAAGGUUCGUGUAAUGUGUUUUGACAAAACGGGCACACUGACGAACAAUUCUCUAAUAUUUAACGGCUCACGGUUUGUUGUAUCUAGAGGAAACACUCCAAUAAUGUCACCUGAUGAGAUAUCCCCUACAUUGGAUACAAUUAAAUCCACAAAGAAUAUGGCUACAAACAAAGAUGAAUCCACAAUACGUCAAAUUGUUUCUUUGGCUAUUUCUACUUGUCACUCUCUAUGGCCAAGUAAUACCAAUGAACAAUUUGGAAACCACGUUGAUAAAUCAAUGUUUAGUUCCACUGGAUGUACUGUGGAGCAAUUUAUCGAUGAAGGUGGUGCAACAAGACGAUUCAUCCGAAAUUUUUCUAACAAAGAUUUGGUAAUGGAAGUUCUACGCACUUUUGAUUUUGAUUAUCGUAAAAAGCUCUCAUCAGUUGUGGUUGCAGUUACAGUUGAAAGUGAAGAACCUCUAAUAUUCGCGUUUGUAAAGGGAGCAUUUGAAAAUGUAUCAAAUUGUUGUAUGGGAGGAAAUAGUGAUUUAGGAUUUGUAGCUAAUGCAGAAUCAUCAAACGGUUCUUAUGUCCUAGGAUUAGCGUACAAAAUAAUAGAAAAUGAGAAUAUAGAUGAGCGAGAUGAAGUGGAGAACAAUCUAAAAAUUGGGGGCCUAUUACUUUUCAAUAACGAGGUCAGACCUGAAAGCUUAGACAUUAUUCAAAGUCUUCAUGAGGCUAAAGUACGUCCUGUCAUACUUACAGGUGAUAAUAUAGCAGCGUCACAAUAUGUUGCCCGCACCUGUGGUAUGUUCACAUUGCAGUCACAAGCAGGACCUAUUGCCAAGCUUGAAGGUGGAGAUAUUGUUUGGUUAUAUCCACACCAUGUUGUUGAUGAGGAAAGGCUAUUUUUUACAGAUGAUUACCACGAUUUAUCGCUCACUGGAGAUGCAUUUGAUCAUAUCCAAACGAAUUGGGGAAAUAUACUGAAAAAGAAUGGACGCUUAACCUCAAAUCAGACAGCAAAUGACAAUUUGUUUGAGCAAUUUUUGCUGAGAGUACGUAUUUUUGCAAGACUAAAUCCACAUCAAAAGGUCAGAGUUAUAAACGCAUUCAAAAGUUUGGAGAUUAUAACUGGAAUGUGCGGAGAUGGUACAAAUGAUUGCCUUGCGUUACAAGCUUCACAUGCGGGGAUAUCUCUUACAAGUGGCGCAACAUCAAUGGUGUCGCCAUUCUCAUCAAAAAAUAACAAACUUGAGUCCGUAAUUUCUCUAAUUAGAGAGGGAAGGGGCAGUUUGGUCACUUCUUUGGCAUGUUUCAAGUUCAUGCUCUUAUUUGGACUAAUGAUCGCAUUUGUAAAAGUUACAUUGUUUAGAGAAUGCAGAGGUGUUAUGCCUGAAUGGGGGUACUUGCUUUUAGAGAAUGCUAUAUUGUUAUCUCUAAGUUACACAAUGGCUAUGUCUAGACCUAGUGAUAAACUGAGAAUUAGAUCUCCUACAUCUAGUUUACUCGGUCCUUUGACUCUAUUUUCAGUUGGAAUAAUGUUCUUUAUUAAUAUUUUCUUCCUGUCGCUAAUUUUCAAGUUGUACAACUACCUUGGAGUUCCUUCCAGUUUAGAUUUUAAUCGCAAAAUGAAUAAGGCAGCAUGGUGGAUAUUAUCAGACAAUUUUGAGAGUCCAACGAUAUGUCUGUGGCUUUGCUACCAAGUCGUAAACACAGCAUUAGUUUUCAGUUUUGGUGGAGUAUUCAGGGAGCCCAUUCUUAGAAACCACUCAUUUACAGCGUAA